CCUGGCGUGGCGGCGUCUAGCCCGCGCGGCGCGUGCUCCUCCGAGAUCGAGGAGCCGGGGAGCUCGCGCAUCGGGGGCCGCGGACCGCAAUGCCGCGCCGGCGGCGGUAGGGAUGGCGGCGGCGGGCACAUGGCGAGGGGCGUAGCGCGUGCGGCCUCGUUCGGCGGCCGCGCGACGGCGGGGUGGUUCUCGUACCGGCGCGUCACCGUGGCCGUCUGCAUCGGCAACCUCGUCGCGGCGCUGCUCGUGCUCCGCUCCCUCACCUCCCCCUUCGCGCCCGCGCCCGAGCGCGUCGAGGUCGCGCGGUACACGGAGGAGCAGAUUCGGAGGGUGCAGGAGUCGAUCCGGAUUCGCCGCGCGGCGGAGCCCGUCGAGCUCGUGCAGGCGGUGAAGAAGCUGCGGAAGGUCUUUGCGCGGGAGGAGAAAAGGCGGCGGGAGCUGCCGCUGGAGCUGAAGCAGAAGGUGGCGUAUGACAUCGUGGGGCGGCUGCGCGAUUUAGGGGAUAACAGCAGCGUCAUCCAGCAACGAGAAGCUCUGGAAACAUGGCGUGUUGAGAUGCUAAAAGAUACCAAAAGCGCGUCUAUACAGAAUUCGUCAAAAUUGGGCCUCUCCAAUGAGGAAGCACGAAUGUUAAAGCGAAGCCUGGAGUUCAACUGGCAUGCGCUAUUGGAGGAUAUUGGUCUUUGGAUACCAGUAGAAGUCCCACACACUGAACAUGAUGACAAACCUGAGAAUGAACCAGAAGAAGAAGAGAUAAUAGCAGGUCCACCUUUGAAUCCACAAUGCAAUGCUGAGCUACAUGCCGAUUAUGGUGGCGCUGCUGUGAAAUGGGGCUUAACGCACCACAAGGAAUCUGCUGCUGAUUGUUGUCAAGCAUGUCUAGACCAGGCUAAGAAUGCCAAGCCAGGUGAAAUGAAGUGCAACAUAUGGGUUUAUUGCCCAUCAGAAUUUGGUUGCUAUUCACCGGACAAAUAUGAGCAUAAACAUCAGGAGUGUUGGUUGAAACAGGAUGACCGGCCUAAACUGAACUUCAAAGACAAGUACACCGAGUCUUACAGAGAUUCUCAUCCCAGAGCCCCUGUUGUUGUGCCCUGGAUGUCAGGUGUCACCAGCGUGUAGCCCAGCGGCUCAUCCGAGAUUGGGAGAUAUUCACUGAUCUUCACUGACAAACCUUCAUACCAUUCUUUCAUUUGCCACGAUACUGUUUUGUUCUUGGUGUAUAUGAUGUAAAACAUAGAUUAGACUAUUUGAGAAAGAAGCCUCCUUUGAGGCAGGCUUGUUGAGGGUGUAGGGGCGAGGGAUGUGGUGUCGAUGAAAAACUAAAUCCAGUGAUACAGGUCAUGGUCACCUCCCACUUUUCCACUAUAGUUGGUUUUCUAUUGGAGUACGAAAUAUCCUCUGGGUUCUGA